AUGGAAGGUCUUACUUUUGCAAGAGGUGUAGGAACAAUCACCCUGGGAGGGAUUGUGAAGGCAAUUUGGUUGCUUGUCGCGCUUGCAACAAACUGGGGCAUAGGGAGUACGAGUGUUACUUCAAGAAUGCUAAUGGGAAUAAAUAAAACAACUAUAACUCAGGAGGAAACUAGAAGAAUUUCCAGGGGAACAACAACAAUUUUUCUGGGAAUAAGGGAGUGCAACAGGAUGGGGCGAGAAACAGUAACACCAAUAAUGAAACCUUUAGAAAUAGAGGGAAAGAUAUUUCCGUCUGACCUUAUCGAGUUUGGGCUGAGCGACUUUGACCUUAUCUUGGGGAUGGACUGGCUAAGUAAGUAUAAUGCUGAGAUUAGUUGUAGAUCACAGAAAGUGAAGAUGAUCACAAAUGGAAAUGAAUCAGUGACUUACUGGAUGAAUGGUAAAACAAAGUGUCCAAGGAUAAUAUCAGUGUUAAAAUUAGCAAAGUACGUGAAGAAGGGACAUCUAGUAUACUUCUGCAGCGUUAGGGAUAUGAACCAUGAACAGGUGGCAAAUCCAGAAAACAUAGAAGUGGUCAACGAAUUUCUGGAUGUGUUUUCGGAAGAGAUCCCUGGGAUGCCACCUAAAAGGGCGAUCGAUUUUACCAUAGAUUUGGUACCCGAAACAGCCCCAAUAUCCAAGGCACCAUAUAGAAUGGCACCUGCAGAAAUGAGUGAACUAAAGGAUCAGUUACAAGAUUUGUUGGACAGAGGGUACAUUAGACCAAGUGCCUCCCCUUGCCAGUUCUAUUUGUGA